AUGUCUGUAGAUCGUAGUUGGAUGUAUAAGCGAUUAGAUGUCAAUGGCUUCCUUAAUCCUGAAUUUGAGGUUGGGGUGGAGUAUUUUUUAAAUUUUGCCUAUGCACAAGUAGAUCUUGCCUCCAAUGAUAAGAUUCGUUGUCCUUCUUCUAAGUGUAAGAACAAGAAAUACCUACAAAGAAUUGAUGUCACCUAUCACUUGUAUAAAUUUGGAUUUGUUGGGGCAUAUACUCAGUGGGAUGCACAUGGUGAAGGUUUCACAUCUGAAUUUAAUUCUUUACCAACUUCUAGUACUUCAAUUGAUGAUAUGACUCAACCAACUGAUACAAAUAAUUAUAGAAGUAUGGUUAUGGAAGCAAUGAAUUUUGAUGAGGAUAUGGCUGGAGUGAGAAAUUGUUUCAUGGGCCUUGAACAAGAGGAACCAAAUCCAAAUGCUUCAAGUUUCUAUGGCUUGUUACAUGAUGCUGAUGCUCUCUUAUGGGAAGGUUGCAAUAAUCAUACACGCUUAUCAGCUGUAUCUCAACUAUUAAAUUGCAUGUCAGAUUUCCACAUUAGUCAUAAUUGUUUUGACAAUUUAUUAUCAAUAAUAAAGAGCAUGCUACCAGAUGGUAAUCUCUUGCCAAGCAACUUCUACAACACGAAAAAGAUGAUGUCAACUCUAGGGAUUGGUUAUCAAAAAAUCGAUGUCUGUGUCAACAAUUGCAUGCUAUAUUACAAAGAAAACAGUGAUGGAACAUCAUGCUUCAAAGGUUGUUUAUGUCAUCCAAAACCGCAGCGCACAUGGAAUGUUCGUCUUGGAUUAUGCACUGAUGGAUUCAAUCCCUUUGGGCAACAUUCUAAUCCUUACUCUUGUUGGCCAGUAAUAAUUAUAGUGUAUAACUUACCUCCUUGGAUGGCCAUGAAAAAACCUUAUAUGUUCUUGAAUAUGGUGAUUCCGGGUCCUAAAAGCCCUGGCAAGAGUUUGGAUGUGUUCUUGAGGCCUUUGAUUGAUGAGUUGAAAAUGUUAUGGACUGAAGGAGUUUUGACUCAUGAUAUUCAUACUAAGCAGAACUUUCAUAUGAAAGUAGCACUUUUAUGGACAGUAAGUGAUUUUCCUGCAUAUGGUAUGUUAUCAAGAUGGAGCACACAUGGAAAAUUGGCUUGUUCGUAUUGCAUGGAAGGUAGUAAAGCUUUUGUUCUUCAACACGGUGGGAAAGCAUCAUUCUUUGAUUGUCAUCGCCAAUUUCUUCCUCUCAACCAUCCAUACAGUAGACAAAAAGAUAAAUUCAAAAUAGGUGUCAUAGAAAGGAGUCCACCCCCUCCUCGUUUGUCUGGUGAUGUUAUACAAAAUCGGGUAAAUUCACUACCUGAUAUUGUAUUUGGGACAACUAGUGGGAAGCAAACAAUGCCUGGAUUUGGUGUACACCAUAAUUGGGUCAAGAGGAGUAUAUUUUGGGAGCUUCCAUAUUGGAAUUCAAAUUUAAUUCGGCAUAAUUUAGAUGUGAUGCAUGUAGAGAAGAAUGUGUUUGACAAUGUAUUCUACACAGUUAUGGAUGUGAAUGGGAAAACUAAGGACAACUCCAAAGCAAGAGAGGACUUAAAAGUUUAUUGCAAGCGUCCUAAAUUACACUUAAUGCAAUAUAAUGGUAGAGUAUGCAAACCUAAAGCCACUUAUACUUUGAAUAAAGAACAAAAACAAAUAAUUUGUCAGUGGCUAAAGGAUUUGAGAUUGCCUUAUGGAUAUGCUUCCAACAUCGCACGGGCUGUAAGUGUGGAGGACUGUAAGUUUUUUGGAUUGAAAAGUCAUGACUGCCACAUAUUGAUGCAAAGAUUGAUCCCAAUCGCAUUUCGUGACAUAUUGCCUAAAGCAGUUUGGGAUGCAUUAACUGAGCUUAGUCAUUUUUUUAGGGACAUUACUGCAACUAUACUAUUUGUGGACAAUAUUGAGAUAUUAGAAAAAAACAUUAUUGAAACAAUUUGCAAGUUAGAAAAGAUAUUCCCACCGGGUUUCUUUGACUCAAUGGAGCAUUUGCCUAUUCAUAUUGCUUAUGAGGCCAGAGUAGGUGGACCAGUGCAAUAUCAUUGGAUGUAUCCAUUCAAGCGGAUGUUUGAUGACCAUUUACGAGGUAUAAUACCAGAUAUCAAUGACCAACAAUUGGAACAAUUGCGGGAACAAGACUUUGCAAAUUGGUUCAAAGAAUAUGUAGAGAAGAAUGAAGUUAAAGAGCGCAUCUACCAAAUAGCUCAGGGCCUUAGAUUAGAGUUAGAUGAAAAUGAAUUGCAACAUUUAGUGCAACCAAGUAGAGAGGAUGAGGAGGAAGAGGAGGAGGAGGAGGAGGAGGAGGAAGACGAAGAGGAAGAUGAAGACGAAGACAAAAAUGAAAACGAUAAAGAUGAUGAUAGUGAUGAUGAUUGA